AUGACCUCCAAUGACCGCCAUGCCUCCCACGAUUCCCCCUACCGCACCGGGAGACACGUUCCUCUCAGCCAAAGCCGUCACGAGCCACUCACAUCUGUCGCAACAAGCGCAAUCGAGUCUCGCCCAGACCUCUCCAACCCAUACGAUGACGAACCCACAAAAGGAUCGGCAACUGCACAAGCAACCGAGUGGACUGGCUCCCCCGACGACUUAGGCUCUCCCAACCGCCCUUAUUCCCCCGGGAUGCGGUCGGUCUCAUCCCAGAAGAGACGAUCGAAUGACCAAGGCGAGGGUGUACCAGAAAUCCAAAUGCAAAGUUUCCAUGACGGAGCACCACCGCCGCCACCGGUCGCUCACUCGUGGAGGAAGAUCGAACGCUGGUUAGAACACAAUUAUGAGGAACUCCUUGAUCAACUCGGUGAAGGAUGCACUCAAAACGAUAUCAACGAACUGGAGCACGAACUUGACUGCAGUCUACCAUUAGAGGUGCGGGAAUCUUUGAUGUUCCACGACGGCCAAGAACGUGGUGGCCUGCCCACCGGUGUCCUCUUCAGUGCCAUGCUUCUCGACUGCGAGGAAAUUGUGCAGGAAUGGUCCAACUGGAAAACGGUCAACGAAGAAUAUCUCAGCAAUUCAACUAUGAUGCAAAGCCAACCUGCUCCCAGCGCUGCGGCAAGCUCCUCCGCGGCUGGUCCGUCGCAGCAGGCUGAUCCCACAAUGUGGCGAUCAGACCUGCUAGAUCGCCAGGAUUCUCAGCCUCCCGGUGCUGUUCAGAAAGCGUACGCACAUCCCGCGUGGAUUCCUCUCGCUCGUGAUUGGGGUGGCAACAACCUCGCCAUCGAUCUGGCACCCGGACCUGCUGGAAAAUGGGGACAGGUCAUUAUCUUCGGCCGUGACUACGACUGCAAAUACGUUGUUGCCCGGUCAUGGGCUGCGUUCCUCGCAACCUUCGCCGAUGAUCUUUGCAGCGGUCAUGUCCUCGUUGACGAGGAGACGAAUGAGUUGAAGCUGAAGCAGUUCAAGGCCCAAAAUGUGGAGCCCCCAUAUCUGGAGAUUCUGCGCUGGAGGACGGAUCAGAAGUAUGGCCGCCGUGCGCCUCGCCGGAAGGGCCCUGUGCCAAAUGGUCUGGGCGUGAGCUCUACAGGCAACCGGUCGAGCAGUCGGGAGUCCCCUUACGGCAGCCCAACGCGCGCUGAGGAACGGGGGCGGUCGCCGCAUCGUUUCUCCAAGGGUGGAAACACCCAGAGCCCUAAGACGCCAUUUGGCAUCUCCAGUCCUCUUGCACGCGUGACAGAAGAAACAACAAGUCCCAUUGUCACUUCAGGACCUACAAUUUCCGAAGAUCCCAAGGAAACUAUGAGCAAGGAACUUCUGACUGAAGAUUUGAUGGAGGUUGUAACCCCUCAAAUCUCCAACAAGGAGAAUGAAGAGCCUUCCAAGUCCAAUGAAUUCAAAGAAAACGAUAAGGCAGGAAAAACCGACUCGGCGGAGUCCUCAACUGCAAUUGAGUCGGAGGUCCUCGGCGAAAUGAAGAAUGUGGCUAUUUAG